AUGAGGAAGCACGGUAGUUUGACGAAUGAUGAGGAGAUAAACGAAGCAUCCUGGGUGGCCGCCCGCGGAGCAGCGGUUGGCGCUGCCAAGUGGGCAGUCUUUUCGGCCAUAGCAGCGGGUGUGGGCUUUGCGUACAGUCCUGUCUAUAGAGCAACAACACUUCAGUUCAAAGUUUUCCUCCAGAUGAGUGGAAUGACGCUCGGAUCGAUUAUCGAAGCAGACCAUCGGUUAAUCGCACAUGGAAAGAUGAUGCGGAUGCGCAAGAAGGAGAUUCGUGACACUGAAGUCUGGCGACGCUACGAGGAAGACUAUCAAAUCGCGAAGCCCUCGACUGAGAAGCCAAAAAAAGACGAGUGA